CGCUGAUUAAUAAAUCUAUUACUCGAGAUAAGAUUGGCUGUAAUCGAGCGAAGGACAAAUCAACUCUCCGAUUUUCAUUGUCGUUGUGUGGAGUGGCCAAUCGGAACGGUUUUGGAUCGAUUCGAGAUAUCACGCAAGAACACGAAUAUUUCCUCAAAUAAAUAUCCGGAUUUCAUGACCCCCGCACUUGAGAGGAACGUAGCAUUUCCCCAGCAGCAAGAUGAACCAAGACGGAAGCGGCGAGAUUGGGCAGGGAAAGGAAGCAUUUGAGACGGUCUACGAGUUGUCACGACUCCUGAACACGGGCCUCGACCGCGAAUCCCUCAGCAUCCUCAUCUCGCUGGUUGAGAAAGGAGUCAAUCCCGAAGCGCUGGCUGCAGCAGUGAAGGAGAUCCGGCGGUCGUCCCAAGAUCCUCCAUCUGUAAGCACAUUCAUAACGCCAGUACGAGGCUGUCUGGUGCAUGACUUGCUCGUGUUGCAGGGGACAGGCAAAUCGACCAACGACCAGCAGUUUCAUUAUUAAGGCAACAUGGACAUGGUGCUCAAUACCACCACUUUUUAUGCAUGGCGCGUCGAUGUUUGAAUGCGAAGUGAACCACCGCAAGGGCAGCAAGCGCUGCAGCACCUCUUCGCAGGGACACCUGGCCCUCGGCUCCAUUUUCCACGAAGGCAGAAUUACCGUUCCCAAGGUUGCCGUCGUUCGCUAGUGGGGGAGUGUCCACCGUUGCCUGAUCAGCCGACUGAAAGAGACGGCGGACGAUCGAAGGUUUCGUUGCAUCACGCGCGCUGUUGAUCUCGACAAUGGCUUUGCAAAACUGCGCCACGACAUUGGCAGACCACAUGUCGGGCACUUCGAACAAAUUGUUGCCUGUGAAGAACCCCAAGUGACCACCAGUGUCGGUGACGGCCAGGAGCAAGUUGUCGUUCGCGAUAACGUCGUCGUAUGGGGUAGCUGUGUGGAUGCAAAUUGGGUCGUCUUUUGCCGACAGCAAGAGUAGCGGGAUCUGAACGAACUUGAGAUCUACGGGCCUCCCAUGCUGAACCAUCCACUUCGAUCGAAUCAACGUCGUACACUGAUUGCUCGACGCGUCGCGGUAGUAGUCGCUCACGGACGCAUACCUACGAUGGAUGAUGCUACGCUGAAGCCACUUUUAUCCGCUUCUCCAAGGCGGUGGCAUCAGGUUCCACGCAAACUGCAACAACUGAACAAGAUAAACCAAGCGAAGAUGCAUACCCAAAUGCGCGUCUUGUCAGCUGCUCAUCAAAGUCGAUGACGCGGGACGUGGCCUGGAUGGAGGCGAGGUCGAUCUCGGGGUGGUCGGCAAACAAUUCGUGGGCAUUCGACUAUUACGCAGAGAGUAGAUGGUGAGUGAUGUCGCGGUCGUCCAUGUCAGCAAACCAUACGCGGACGAAGAAGAGGUCGUUCAGGUUCGUCGCCAACGGCGCGUUGUAAAUGGCGUUAUGAACGAACGAGUGAUUCAAGUUGCGACUAUUGCACAUAAAGUCGUACGGGUUGCCAACCGAGACGGCCGCCGUCAACGGGCAUGCCGCUCCUUCUUCCCCAAUGUACUUGACCAUAAUGUUUGACCCAAGCGAAAACCCCACCGACACCAGCGGUGCCG